AUGGAAGAUUCCUACAUUAUCGCUAAUUUCCACACGCUGUGUCGGUUGUGCCUGACCAAAAGUACGCUCACUACAUCAAUAUUCACAGCUGCGCCUGACGAUGAAUCUAAUGUUACUUUAACCUGCAAAAUAGCAGAAUGUUUCGAAUUACAGAUAGAUCCUAAUGAUGGCCUUCCUGGGAGAAUUUGCUUCAGAUGUUUAUUCAAACUGGAUAAAUGUUCAAAGUUUAAACACCUAUGUAUACAAAAUGAAGCCCGGUUAAGACAGAUUACCACCCGUUUGAAUGAAUUGGACAACUCUAAUUCAUCUGAAGUUAAUGAUUACCAGUACAGUCAGGAUGCAAAACCACCAAAACCAGAAGACUAUAUUGUUGAGGAUAGUGUUGUAAUGGUUGUUGACCCAAGUCUUGAUUAUGACUCUUCAGAAGAAUCUGAAAAUAUGGAGCCACCUGAACAAGAAGUGGCAGAAAGAGACAAUACACCAGAUGGUGAACCGAUAACUGAAUCUUUCUUCAAAAAUGUGUUCAUGUGUCAAUACUGUGAUCAAGCUUUUAUAUCACAAGAGAAGUGUAAGGAGCAUGAACAAAAUUAUCAUGACCCUAAUCUACCUUUUAAAUGCUUUGAGUGUAGUUUAGUCUUUGCUGAGCGAAGUCAAUAUGUGCAGCAUAGUAAACAAGUGCAUGGCAAUGAUAAACCUUACCACUGUCCUGAAUGCGAUAAAUGUUUUGGCAGACGUUCUGAUUUGAGAAAACACUCUAUUGUACAUACUGGCAUAAGGCCAUAUCAAUGUCAGUACUGCCUAAAGAGCUUCUCCCGUAACACUAACUUAAGUAAGCAUCUUCGUAUUCAUGCAGGACACAAGCCACAUGUUUGUCCCCUUUGUCCAAGAAGUUUUGUAGCAAAAGGAGAUUUACAGCGUCAUGUGCUAGUACACUCUGGGAUGAAACCAUAUGCUUGUCGCAAGUGUCCACUUACAUUUGGUAGACGAGAUAAAUUAAUCAAGCAUGAGAUGAGACAUGGCCCUAUUAGUCCUGAAAAGACAGAAUAUGACAAUGAAAAUGAUACACAUGAUAUGGUUGUGAGUGUUAAUCCUUUUAGUAAUCUCAUGACCUCUCCAACUCAACCCAAUCCAGAUUCAUCAAAUAAUGAUUAUGAGUUACCUAGAGUCCCAGACCACAUAUCUGGAGAAAGUAGUUUUAUGAAGGUGCAGAAGAAUUCAACUGCCAGCAAACCAACACAAAGUUCACCACCAAAAAAACCAAGUGUAGCAAAUAAAAACAGACCCAAAAAUAUAAAAUGCCACCAAUGCCCUAAGAGAUUUAGUUCUUUAGAUUCAUACAAAACACAUGUAUCUAUUGCGCACAUGAGUUCAAGAAUCUUUCAAUGUAAAAUUUGUUUUAAAAAGUUCCCAAGAAAGAGGGAAUUGGACCGUCACGCUGCUCUUCAUUCUGGCAUGAAGCCUUUUUCAUGUAGCCAAUGUGAUAAGAAAUUCACAAAGAAGGAUAAACUUGAUAAACAUGAAGAAAGUCAUGAGUGCAUGGUUGUGAAUAUGCCUUGCAUUGAAUGUGGUAUUAAGUUUGAAAAGAAAGCAGAUCUAGUUGCUCAUAUAAAGUCCCAUUUCUCAGACAAUUUUGAUGAAAAAAUGGGUGAUAUAGAAAUUAAAAAAGAAGAUGAGUAUGUACUGGAUGAAAAUUUCUAUGAUUUGGAGACUUGA